CAGCAGCAGCAGCAGCGUUCGGAGGUGGAUGUGGAGGUGAGAACGGCAGAAAUGGGGAGGGAAGAGGACUUGAAUGUGGAGGUGCAAAUGCCUCAACAUGGUAUUGAGGUGGUUAUGGGCUGGGAAGAUGGCAGUGGAGGUAGCGGUGGUGGUGGUGGUGGCGGCGGCGGUUGCAAUGGAAGGCAGGCUGCUGCUGCCACUGCCACUGUGGCACAGCUGCUGACGUGGUGA